CACUCCAUCACUUCACUUCACUUCACUUAACAUCUUCUUCUUCUUCUUCUUUUCUAUCUUUCUCUUAUUCUCAAAGACACACUUCACAAUCUAUCACAUAUAAAUUUUGAGUUUCUUUUAAUUUUUUUUAUUUUCUAUUUUAUUUUAUUUUUAUCAUCAUAUCAUGGCUAGACCACAACAACGCUAUAGAGGUGUUCGCCAGAGGCAUUGGGGCUCUUGGGUCUCUGAAAUUCGCCACCCUUUAUUGAAGACAAGAAUAUGGCUAGGAACAUUUGAAACAGCUGAGGAUGCAGCAAGAGCAUAUGAUGAAGCAGCUAGGUUAAUGUGUGGACCAAAAGCAAGAACCAAUUUCCCAUUUAAUCCAAAUUUGUCACAAUCAUCAUCAUCAUCUUCUUCUUCUUCUUCUAAGCUACUAUCUCCUACUUUGACUGCAAAAUUACACAAAUGCCACUUGGCUUCCCUUGCCCUUCAAAUGUCCAAUAACAAGCAAAAAACAUCACAACCCAACAAAGAUCCUCAACCACCACCACCACCAUCAUCAUCAUCAACAUCAUCAAAUAAUAGAUUCAAUACUCAAUUCCCAAUUGGUGCUGGAACAAUUGCAUAUGAGGAGUUACACUGGCUAGAAGGGAACAAUAAUUGGGGUGGCAUUAUUGAAGGACAUCAAGUUGAGGUUGCACAACAACAAUUUCAGCCAGUUCUUGAAGAUGAUCACAUUGAGCAAAUGAUACAAGAGUUGCUUGAUUGUGGAUCAAUUGAACUUUGCUCAAUUGGGUCAAAUUAAAUUAAUUAGAGGAUCUACUAUAUAAUUACCUAGCUAGAACAAUAUAAUAUGUAGCAUAUAUAAAUGCAAUGCAAAUUACCACUUUUUUUUUGUGGGGUUCAUGUUGUAAUAAAAAUGACAUUAUUAUUGUAAGGUUUAGUAUCAUAGAAGAGUCACCAUGAGUUUCAAUCACUUCUCCAAUUAGUGGACAA